AUGCCAGUAGCAGAUGAAGAAGUCGCUUUGAGCGAGACUUCCGAGCAGUGGUCAGACGGCGAUGCUCAGCGUAGAGCUUUACUGGACGAAGAGAAUUUCCGGCCGCAUGUCGAAGUGUGGUCAUUCAAGUGGUGGCAGUAUGCGCUGCUCUUCCUGAUAUCGGUCAUAUUGCUUGUACCAUUUGCGGUCAACCUUGCACCUAAAGGCUCAUCUUGGAAGGAGAUUACGAGUAUCGACACGUCGCAACCAGAUCCAGAUGUCAAUGACCAGCAGUUUGGGCAAUCCGAGUCACUCAGUCAACCUCAGUCCCCUGGUGGUGCAACACUGCCCAGAGACGAAUACUUGCUUGAUCCUGCUUGGGACUAUGGAGCCGCUCCAACUACAAGGCAAUAUCAUUGGACUCUCACCGAGACGGAACUAAAUCCAGAUGGCGUCUGGAGGCCGAUGCUGCUCAUCAACAAUCAAUUCCCCGGUCCUCUGAUCGAGGUCAACGAACAUGACACCAUAAGAGUCGUUGUCGACAAUCAAAUGACCAACGCGACAUCUAUACACUGGCAUGGAAUAUAUCAGAAUGGCACCAAUUCUAUGGACGGCACUGUCGGCAUUACGGGUUGCCCGAUCGCUCCAAAUCACAGCUUCACUUAUGAGUUCAAGGUAUACGGGCAGAGUGGCAGCUAUUGGUAUCAUGCGCAUCAAGGCAUGCAAGCAUCAGACGGUCUGGUGGGACCUUUGGUCAUCCAUUCGAAAGACGAGAAGCAACUGCAACAAAUUCAAUAUGCUAGCGACCGUAUAAUCAUGCUUUCCGACCAUUACCACGAUCUUACUGGAGUACUCUUGAGGAAGUAUUUGGCUCCGGACAUGGAAAACGCAGAGCCCGUACCGGAUGGAGCUCUAAUUAAUGGUCGUGCCAUUCGAAAUUGCGACGAUCUGCCACACAGAAGAUGCGAUAACACCACGAGCAAUGUUGGAAUCCCUGCCUUUGACCUCGAGCCAAACCGACACCACAGAUUACGCAUCAUGAACGUCGGCGCAUUUGCCGAGUUCCAGUUUCAAAUCGACGAGCAUGAGCUGGCAGUCACAGAAGUUGACGGUACUGAUGUGCGACCAACGAACUAUCAUCGUCUCAACAUCAACCCCGCUCAACGCUACAGUGUAGUCGUCCACACAGACAAAAGGGAAAGAACCAGCUUCAGGAUGAGAGCUCGAAUGAUUACUCAUUGUUUCGCUGAGAAGAACCCAUACAUGGUCGACUCUGUACAGGGCAUUGUGCAAUACAGCAGCAACUCUGGAUUCACGGCGGCAAACGAGCUACCCGAUACUAUUGACUGGGAUGAAGCAAUUGGCCUCGAAUGCAAGGAUCUGAACACCACAGAACUAGUGCCUGUUCAAGUUGUUGCAGCUCCUGAAAAAGCCGAUGCCUUCUUCUAUCUGAGAUCCAACUUCGAGAUAGGCGCCUACAGACUCUCUAGAGGCAAGUUUAAUACGAGUAGUUGGCGUGGGGAUGUCAAGAAUCCCACAUUGUUCCGAUCCAUCGAUGGUCUACAGGCCAAGAACGCAUCCUUCGACGCAGAACACGACGACGGAGCUGUAUUUGUCAACGAUAGGGCGUUCAAUCAACCUACCGAGCUCACCAUCCAGUCGUCAGGCAUUCAAACUAUCGACGUCUUGAUAUCCAACUUCGAUGACGGGUGA